CACACUGAGACAUACCGUUUGGGUAGCUGGGAGCCCAAAUGGAUUUGCCCAAGGUCACUGAGCAGGUCAGAGGUGAAUGAAUAGGGCCUGGAACCCUGGUCUCCAGACUCACCUUCUGAGACUCUUGCCUCUAACUACAUCCUGUCGUAGUCUCCUUUACUCCAAGGAACCCAGAAUCUGAAGAUCAAAGUCCAGCCCCCAUCACGUUUCUGCUAGAAAACCGAGGCCGAAGGAGCUAGGCGUUUCGCCCCAGGGCCCGCAGGGAGGGCCGGGCAGAGCUGGAGCUGGGAUCCGAGUCUCUGAGCCCGCGGCUGGGGGCUCUCUCCGCCCCCGCCCCGCCCGCGCCUGACGGUGCCAGGGUGGGGGGAGCGCCCCGCCCCCACCUCCGGAGGUGGAGGCCCCUCGCGGCCCCAACAAGCUGCCGUUGUCCCGCGGGCCCCGGGCCCGGCACACUGGGGCUUUGUCCAGCCCCCCGCCGCGACCCACGGGUGGGGGGGGCGGCCCACAUGACCAAGGGGGUAGGAGGAGCCUGCAGCGGCGGUGGCGGCGGCGGCGGCAGCGGCGACUCCAGCAUUUCCCUCCCUGGCCGGGGGUCGGCGGGCGGUGGCGGCGGCAGCGGCGGCGGCGGCAGCUGGGCAGGGCUGGGCCGAGCUGCGGACGCCAGGCCCCCCGAUCCCCGCCAGGCUGCGGACACCAGGCCCCCCGAUCCCCGCCAGGCUGCAGGCGCCGGGCCCGGGCCGUCAGGGCAGCUGUGACCCUUGCGCUCAGCGGGUGGCGAGCUGGGGGUGCGCCCGGAUCCCCGCCCCCGGGAUCAUGGGGAAUGGCAUGACCAAGGUACUUCCUGGACUCUACCUCGGAAACUUCAUCGACGCCAAAGACACGGAUCAGCUAGGCCGGAAUAAGAUCACACACAUCAUCUCCAUCCACGAGUCACCCCAGCCUCUGCUGCAGGACAUAACCUACCUUCGCAUCUCAGUGGCCGACGCCCCUGAGGUACCCAUCAAAAAGCACUUCAAAGAAUGUAUCAACUUCAUCCACUGUUGCCGCCUCAAUGGGGGAAACUGCCUUGUGCACUGCUUUGCAGGCAUCUCCCGAAGCACCACCAUCGUGACGGCAUAUGUGAUGACUGUGACAGGACUGAGCUGGCGGGACGUGCUUGAAGCCAUCAAGGCCACGCGGCCCAUCGCCAACCCCAACCCAGGCUUUAGGCAGCAGCUUGAAGAGUUUGGCUGGGGCAGUUCCCGGAAGCUUCGCCGGCAGCUGGAGGAGCGCUUCGGGGAGAGCCCUUUCCGCGACGAGGAGGAGGUGCGCGCGCUGCUGCCGAUGUGCGCGCGCUGCCGGCAGGGCUCUGCGAGCGCGGCCUCUUCCCCCGCGCCCAGCUCCUCGGCCUCGGAGGGGACCUUGCAGCGCCUGGUGCCGCGGUCGCCCCGGGAAGCCCACCGGCCGCUGCCGCUGCUGGCGCGCGUCAAGCAGACUUUCUCUUGCCUCCCGCGGUGUCUGUCCCGCAAAGGCAGCAAGUGAGGAUCCUGCCCCGCCGUGGCGCCCCUCGGCCUCUCGACCGGUCCCCUUCGGGGAUUGUCUGCGCCUCCCACGGCCUUCAGGACGGGCCCAGAGCCUGUGGGAGCCCCGCGGCGGCCUGAUCCCCGCCCCUGCCCCCUUCGCGCCUUGCUUGUCUGCGUCCGCGGUCAGUGUGUCCUCCAUCUGUGUGUGUGGCUCUGUGUCUGGGCCGGCCUGCUGCAGCUACCUGGUGCCUUAGUUCUUGGGCUGGGGGAGGGUGCCCCCGGCUCCCCCUCCCAUUAAAGGCGG